AUGGACAAUCCAAUCCACAAAAGGUGCACUACGCUACGGGGUCUCGUCAUCCUCGUCGCCGCGGCCGCCGUCCUCCUCCUAUCUCCGGCGGCGGUCACCCCGGUCGCCAGCCACAAUGACCACGGCGUGCACAACAACUACCUCGUCCUCGUGCGCAGCGCGUACGAGUACGACAAGAAGGUGCACCAGAACGUGUCGAGCUGGCACGCGUCGCUCCUGGCGUCGGUGUGCGACUCCGCCAAGGAGACGCUGGCGGCGGACCCGUCCGCCAUGACCCGGCUCAUCUACUCCUACCGCAACGUCGUGAACGGGUUCGCGGCCCGCAUGACGCCGGAGGAGCUGGAGAAGAUGUCCAAGAUGGACUGGUUCGACCGCUCCCUCCCCGAGCAGACGUACCACCUCCUGACCACGCACACGCCGGAGAUGCUCGGGCUCACGGGCGACCCCCACCGCGGCGGCCUGUGGAACACCAGCAACAUGGGCGAGGGCGUCAUCAUCGGGAUCCUCGACGACGGCAUCUACGGGGGCCACCCUUCGUUCGACGGGGCCGGGAUGAAGCCGCCGCCGGCCAAGUGGAAGGGCCGCUGCGAUUUCAACAAGACGAUCUGCAACAACAAGCUCAUCGGCGCGCGCUCCUACUUCGAAUCGGCCAAGUGGAAGUGGAAGGGCCUCCAAGACCCGGUGCUACCGAUCAGCGAGGGGCAGCACGGCACGCACACGUCCAGCACGGCGGCCGGCGCCUUCGUGCCCAACGCCAGCGUCUUCGGCAACGGGCUCGGCACGGCCGCCGGCAUGGCCCCCCGCGCGCACAUCGCCUUCUACCAGGUGUGCUACGAGCAGAAGGGCUGCGACCGGGACGACAUCCUGGCGGCGGUGGACGACGCCAUCGAGGACGGCGUCGACAUCCUCUCGCUCUCGCUCGGCCACGAGGAUGCCAUUGACUUCUCAGAUGAUCCCGUCUCGCUCGGCGGGUACACGGCCAUCCUUAACGGCGUGUUCAUCUGCGCGGCGGCGGGCAACACCGGGCCGAGCCCCGCAACCCUCGUAAACGAGGCGCCGUGGCUGCUCACCGUGGGGGCGAGCACCAGCGACAGGAGAUUCGUGGCCUCCGUGAAGCUUGGCGACAAGGUUGAGGUUGACGGCCAGUCGCUCAACGACCCCAACACCACCAUGGGCGAUCCGCGCCCGUUGGUGCACGACGCGGAUGGCAUGUGCGCCAACGAGAACGUUUUGAUGGCGCAAAACAUCACCGGGAAGAUCAUCAUCUGCGACGCCGGGGGCGUCGUCAGCACCGAGAAGGCCAAGAUGGCAAAGCGCGCCGGCGCGUCCGGGAUGAUCGUCGUCAUCCCGGAGGUGUUCGGCCCGGUGGUCAUCCCGAGGGCGCACGCCAUCCCGACGGUGCAGGUCGCCUACGCGGAGGGGCAGAAGAUCAAGGAGUUCAUGCAGACCUCGCGGGACGCGACGGCGACGUUCGUCUUCAAAGGGUCAAUGUUCAAGACCCCGCAGUCGCCGAUGGUGGCACCCUUCUCCUCGCGGGGCCCCAACAGGCGAAGCCGUGGGAUCCUGAAGCCCGACCUCAUCGGCCCCGGGGUGAACAUCCUCGCCGGCGUCCCCUCGAUCGAGGACGUGGAGCUGGCGCCCGAUGCGGUGGUGCCCAGGUUCGACAUCAAGUCCGGCACGUCCAUGGCGGCGCCGCACCUGAGCGGGAUCGCCGCGCUGAUCAAGCACGCGCACCCGACCUGGUCGCCCGCGGCCAUCAAGUCGGCGCUGAUGACGACGGCGGAGCCCACCGACAACCUCCGGAAGCCGAUCGCGGACGUGGACGGCAAGCCGGCGACCUUCCUCGCCAUCGGCGCCGGCCACGUGAACCCGCAGAAGGCCAUAGACCCGGGGCUCGUGUACAACAUGACGGCCGUGGGCUACGUGCCGUACCUGUGCGGGCUCAACUACACGGACCAGAAGGUGAGCACGAUCAUCUACCCGGAGCCGCCGGUAUCGUGCGCCAACCUGUCGAGGCUGGAGCAGGACGACCUCAACUACCCGUCCAUCACCGCCAUCCUCGACCAGCCGCCGUUCACCGCGACGGCCAACCGCUCCGUGACGAACGUCGGCGCCGCCAGCUCGACUUACGUCGUGGAGGUGGAGGUGCCGGCAUCGGUGAAGGUGGAGGUGAACCCGACGAAGCUGACGUUCAAGGCGGUGGACGAGGUCCUCAACUACUCGGUCACCAUCACGUCGGCGGACGACCGGGCGCCGGCCAGCCCGGUCGAGGGGCAGCUCAAGUGGGUCUGCGGCAAGUACGUCGUGCGCAGCCCGCUGCUCGUCGUCGCCGGGGCACGUCAAGCCUAA